AUGGCCUUCCCCCUCCCGCGGGGCAUUACGCCCCCGGAGAUCUCGUUCCUGGCGGAGAUGGAGAUGGUCACAAUAGUCCCUCGCCAGCGAUUAGAGGGCCUCGAGCUCUUAGGUGGCCCCGUUGAACCACUCAUUCCCCCCCGCCGAACAACUGUCCCCCUCUGGCUCGCGCUCCUCCUUAAACGCCAACGCCGCGCGAACAUCCUCCCACCACCUUGGCUACAUCCAGAAUCACUAUCCCUAAUCCUCGACAUUGAAACCCGCGAUCGCGAACACCAAUACACAUUCUCCCCUCCGCCACCACUCCCGGGCCAACCAAGUCUCCAAGACCGCCGCCAAAAGCCGAAUCCUCGCCCGCGCUACACCCCCGAAGGGCAGCGCUAUUACCCGACCCCGCCAUUCCUGCCGCAGAAUGUGGCGCAGGAUCAAGCAUUUGAUGAGGGGGAACCGCCGACACUACCGUUCCACUGGCUCGAAGUAGGCACAAUGUUGCUGGAUACUGCGAGCGACGAUGUGAUAGAUCCGGACCAGACGAGAAGGCUGUUAAAGGAAAUGAGAGAAGUGCGGUCCGCAAAGAUUCGGUCUGGUAUAGAUGCUCUAGAUCUUGCGGCUGGGCCGGGCGGUGGUAUAGCGCUGACUGGAAUUGGAGCUAUGGAGAUUGGUGAAGGGAGAGGGUUUAUUGGCGGGGUAGUUGAUGGGCUUAGACGGAUUGGUGCUUCAAAAGAACAAGCUCGUCGGGAGCAGAUGGCAGAAGCUGCUGCGAAUGGUGGAUAUGACGCCACGCAGGACUAUGACGAUGAUAUGGAGUUCUAA